AUGGACUUCUCUCAACCCUUCUCAGUCCUCAACGAGAAGCUGAGGCCUCGGUUCAUCUCCAGCGAGCAGCUCUACUCCUCCCUGACCCGGCUGGAGGACAGGCAGAUGGGCUCGCUCAGGAACAAACCCGCCUCUUACAGACCGACCGUUUUGCCCCGGGAGCCCGGGGCCUUCGGAACCGAGCCUCAGGAUCUACGGGAAGCUGAAAACGACGCGAAGCCCGAGGAGCUGAGCAGUGACAGCGGGGGGGAGGACAGCUGCGACAGCCUGUCCGCCGCUGACCGCUCCUACCUCGCCGCUGACCUGAGCCUGAGAGACGGGGAGGAGAGCGACCCGGGGAAUGACGACACGGACGGGACGCGCUCUGAGGAGAAAGACACCCCGGGAGAGCUGGCCUCCGAGGGGAAGAUGGAUCCUUCCGCCUCAGGGGCUUCUGCUGGUCCCGGAGAGGGCCCCUUCCAGAGGUGCUUCAUGGACGGGACCCUACCGGACCUGAUCAAGAGCGGCAGGGCCCUGGGCAGGCGCAGGACCGUGGGGCCCGUCUCAGACACGCUCAAUGAAGUGCGCAGAGAAGUGGCGCUGUCCCGGAGGCGAAGCAUGAAGCUGAAGGCUCAGGUGGACCGACUCCAGGAGAGCAGCGAGGGGCCUGGCUGGAGCCAUCACAGAGAGAGGGUGAGAGCCACGCACACGGCCAACAAACGGCAACACAUCCGCAGCACUGGGGAUUACAUCUUUGUUGCAAUCUCAUCCCAGGUCACAGAGGAGGUUCUGUCCAUUCUGAGGCUGCUGCGCCCGCUGACCGAGCCAGAGUCCAGUCAGCCGGAGGUCUGCGACGGGGAGAACGGCCUGGACACCGCCCUGGGCCAGCUGCAGAACGUGGCCCGUAAACUGGCCAUCAGCCACACCAAACAGGGGACAAAACAUGGAAGAAAUGGAGCUGACGAAAGCGCCAUUCUGCAGCAGGCUCUGAGGGACAGAGAUGAGGCCAUGGAGAAGAAGAAGGCGAUGGAGGCCGAGGUCCUGCGGAGUAAGACGGAGAUGAUGACGCUGAACAACCACCUGCUGGAGGCUGCGCAGAAACGCCUGGAGCUGUCUCUGGAGCUGGAGGCCGGGGAGAAAAACCCCCCACCCCCCCCCCCCCCCCGAGAUGACUUUCAGCGGAUCCUCCAGCAGCAGGUGCACAGCCAGCAGCAGGCCGAGCAGGCCCAGAAGAAGACCUCCCGCCUGGGCCUUCUGAGGAGAACUAACAAGCCCAUCCAGAGGCCGUCCAACUUCCCCAUGCCCGCCCCCGCCCCCACCACCAGCUCCAGCCAGAUCUUUGUGUCCCGGCCCGCGGCCGCCCCCAGUCCCAGCAUCCCCCCCUCUGCCAGCGCCCCGCGCAACUGGAUGGACAAGCUGAAGAAGGGCAAGGGCGGUCGUCACGGAGACCAGGACGCCGCCGAGCAGGACGCGUGGGGCCGAAAGGACGAUGGCUUCCAGGUGGGGUCACUGGACUGA